AUGCUAGUGGGCAACAACAUGAUCAGCAUGAUCGCCACUUCCAUCGCAACAGCAAUUAGUGGCGAAGAUCUUCUGUUUUGCGUUAACUAUCAUGACAAUGUUAUCAAAAUGAUACAUAAUUACCGCGGCACCAACUACGCAACAGAUCGUUUGCAGGUAUUCGUAACCGACGAGCAAAUCUCGGUUGGUGAUGGUCAUUCAGGCUACCCGUGGAUGGGUCACAGGUACUGGGGUAAAGCAUUCCUGGAUAAAUCGAGAAUCGAGAGUGGAAAGUACAUUGGUGUGAUACAUGAGAUAGGCCACAAUUUACAAGUGCAUAGGAUUACAUUCGCGCGUGGUGGGGAGGUGACCACCAACCUCUACAUCCCAAUUCUGCACCAUUACUUGCUUGGGCUUGCUUCCUACGCGAAAGGAUUCUCUCUAGGUUGGAGCCCAGAUGAUGAGCUGCAACUGUUGGCCACUUGGCGCGGUAGUGAAUAUGUAGGUGUACAAGUUAGCUACUACAGCUAUCUGCACAGAUACUUUACCGCGGCACUCGUGAGCAAUGUGAUGAGCAAAGCGGUUUAUUCACGCGAAUCAUUCGACACCGAGGAGCGGAAGGUAAAUUUCUGGAUGAGGCACUUAUGCAUCGAGAGUGGGUACGACUUGGUUCCUUUUAAUCGUUUGUGGCACCUCCCGAUCAGUGACUUGACAGCAGCCUUUUGCAACCCAUUUCCAUGCUUCUUCCCUGACGAUGAGCUAACGCAGCAGGUGCCAGACGUGACAGAGAGGUUAUUGACGGAGUACAACAAAUCGUGCUCACGUGAACAGCCGGAAGGAGUGCAGUUCAAGCGGGAAAUCAUGCGUGGCCUCAACAAUUUGGAUCCACAAAUCAUUUUCUUACAUAAUGAGGACAGCUGUGUGGCCCCGCCUUCUUAA